CCUGUGCUCCUUGACUGGCUCCGACGCGGUGCAGGGCACGCUGGCGGCAGGGGCGCGCCUGGAGAGCCGGCUCCUGGGCCUGGUGCGGCGCGGCGGCGAGCACGCGAUCCACGUGUACAGCCACCGGCGGAUGGCCAUCGCGGCGGAGGACGUCUGGCUGGAGCGCGUCAUCCCCGUCGCGGGAGGGUUCGCGGUGCAGGAAGUGGUACCUGACGGCGACCUUCACGUCAUCGGCUCCGACGUGACGGUCCGGAUCAGCUCGGGAGAGGAGCAGCUCGUGGUGCGGCUGCCCUUCGGCUCCCGCACGCGCACCUUCCUCCGGGAGGUCGCCAGGUGCAGCCCAGAAGCAGCUGGGUCUGAAGGCAUCAAACAGAAUGGAAAAAAGCUUGCAGUUAGUCAGAACUGGAGCCAUGACAGCACUGAUAAGACUCCUCCCAGGCAAAGCAAACUGAAACCUGAAGUAACAAGUGAAAUGGUACGAUCCUCCAGCGUAAUGGUUUCAAACAAGGCAUCUAUCUUAUCAGAACCAAAGUUUGGACUAAGAGAUACUAUUGUUAAAUCUCAGCUUGCACAAAGGGAGGAUUCCUACACGCACAUCCAGAACUUCAGAUUUUUUGUUGGGACAUAUAAUGUGAAUGGUCAGUCACCCAAGGAGAGCCUCUGGCCUUGGCUGAGAUGUGAUGCUGAGCCUCCAGAUAUUUACUGUGUGGGUUUCCAGGAGCUUGAUCUGAGUAAAGAAGCCUUCUUUUUCAAUGACACACCGAAGGAAGAAGAAUGGUUUAAAGCUGUAACUGAUAGUCUUCACCCAGAUGCCAAAUAUGCAAAGGUGAAACUUGUGCGGCUUGUGGGAAUAAUGCUUCUGUUGUAUGUGAAAGCAGACCUUGCCUUGAACAUCUCUGAGGUGGAAACUGAGACUGUGGGAACCGGAAUCAUGGGGAGAAUGGGUAACAAAGGUGGUGUUGCCAUAAGAUUUAAAUUCCAUAACACUAGCGUGUGCAUUGUGAAUUCUCACCUUGCAGCUCACACAGAGGAAUAUGAACGGAGGAACCAGGACUUCAAAGACAUCUGCUCUCGGAUGCAGUUCUGCCAAUCAGAUCCAAAUUUGCCAUCUCUCACUAUUAGCAAACAUGAUGUGGUCAUAUGGUUGGGUGACCUCAACUAUCGGCUGGAGGAACUGGAUGUUGCAAAAGUGAAGCAGCUCAUAGAUGAGAAGGCGUUUCUAGUGCUUUGCCAAUAUGACCAGCUAAAGAGGCAAAUGAAUGCAAAUGCAGUCUUUGAAGGCUUUACAGAAGGAGAGAUUUCCUUCCAGCCAACGUACAAAUAUGAUGCUGGCUGUGAUGACUGGGACACAAGUGAGAAGUGUCGUGUUCCAGCGUGGUGUGAUCGGAUACUCUGGAAAGGACAGAACAUUGCUCAACUGAACUAUCGCAGCCAUAUGGCUUUGAAGAUCAGUGAUCAUAAGCCAGUUAGCUCUGUGUUUGACAUUGGGGUAAAGGUUGUGAAUGAGGAGCUCUAUCGAAAAGUCUUUGAGGAAAUAGUGCGCUCACUGGAUAAGAUGGAGAAUGCCAACAUCCCCUCAGUGACCCUUUCCCAGAGAGAGUUUCAUUUUGCAGAUGUCAAAUACAUGCAGCUGCAGGUAGAGAGGUUUACAAUUCGCAAUGGACAAGUGCCUUGCCAGUUUGAAUUCAUCAGCAAACCAGAUGAGGAAACCUAUUGCAAGGAGUGGUUGAUUGCUAAUCCCAGUAAGGGCUUUCUACUCUCAGAUUCUGAGGUCACAAUUGAGUUGGAACUGUUUGUUAAUAAAUCAACAGCUACACACCUAAACUCUGGAGAAGAUAAACUUGAAGAUAUCUUGGUCUUGCAUCUUGACAGGGGGAAGGAUUAUUUUCUAUCUGUAACUGGAAACUACUUGCCGAGUUGCUUUGGGUCUCCCAUUCAUACACUGUGUUACAUGAGGGAACCUAUCCAGGACAUGUCUGCAGAGUCUAUUCGGGAACUCACCUUGAUGCCGCUACAAAUGAUUGACGAUGCUGUUCAAGCUGAAAAGCCUCUGGACAUUCCAAAAGAACUCUGGAUGAUGGUGGAUCACUUAUACCGCAAUGCUUCCCAGCAGGAGGACCUGUUUCAGCAACCAGGCCUCAGAUCUGAAUUUGAGCAAAUCCGAGACUGUUUGGACAAAGGAAUGCAUGAUACCCUCCUUGGCAACAACCAUUCUGUAGCUGAAGCCCUGCUGCUCUUCCUAGAAAGCCUGCCAGAGCCCAUCAUUUGCUACAAAUUCUAUACCAGCUGCUUGGAGUGUUCCAACAACUUCUCAUUGAGCAGCCAGAUUAUCUCCAAACUGCCCAAGUGCCAUAAAAAUGUAUUUGAGUAUCUGAUGGCAUUUCUUCGAGAACUACUGAAAUACUCAGGGAAAAACCAUUUGGACGUGAAUAUUCUUGCUAGUGUGUUUGGUGGCUUGUUACUUCGACCUCCUCCUGGACAUCCUAAACCUGAUAUAUCUGAAAAGAGGAAGGCUCAACAAUUUAUCCAUCAGUUCCUCUUGAGAGAGGAUAACUUACCAUGAAUUUCAGAUGCAGCUAAUCUGAUCUUUAGAUAUUGUAUUGCUGUAAAAAUAUUUUUGUACAGAAUAUUAGCUUUUUUUUGGAAUUUCACAGUAUUUUAUACACUCUUGCUAUUAAAUGCAGAUCUGACAGUUAAAAUCAUGUGUCACUAUUGAUAAGCUGUAAAGUACACUGAAUUUCUAAAUAAGCUGUAUGUAAACAAGCAAAAAUACAGAAACUGAUAUUUACACUA